AUGCAGAGCUUGACGGAUGCGAGCGUGGUUGGGCUGCCGAACGAUGAGUUGUUUCGUCGCGCGAAACGCAUCAAGUUUCGAGGAGUGUACAAGACGCCGUCUCAAGUCACGGACGGGGAGUGUCAUCUGUACGUUUUGUGCGAGGCGCAGAGGUUCAACGCGCAGCUGCCGCUGACGGCGACGAGCGACGGAGGCGGUGAGGACGCCGCUGGGCAAUCGAAAUCGAGGACGCGGAUGUUUGCGAGCGAGGACUUUCACUUGUUAGGACACAUCGACGCGUUUACGAAUCUGCGAUCUUUGCAGCUGCACGCAAACGCGCGCCUGCGGCGGAAGAAAGGGAUGUAUUACGUCAUACAGAUUGACGGUGCCAAGUUGACCGACGUGUCAGACAUCACCGUGGUGGAGGACGAAGACGAACCGAGCGCGGCGCCGGACGAAAAGAAUCUGGGUCGCCGAUCGCGCGGGCGAAUUCGGCGACGCCGGCGCCUUUAUCGAUUGCACUCCGCCCGGAGGACACAACGUUCCGCAAGGAAUGCGACUGGACGAUCGAUGUGA